AUGAAUAGAUCGAUUUUUUUUCGUUUGUUUGUUUUUCGGUUAAAAUUUCUCGGAGAAGGUAAAGCAAAACCUCCGGUACCGCCGAAAAGAUCGACAUUAACUUAUGGUAAAUCAUACGUUUCCGUUGGAGAAUGUCAAAGUGUUAGCUCACCAACGUUGUCGUUGAAUCCUACAAAAGAAUUAACGGAUGAAAAAUGUCAGACGCCACAAACAUCGCAACUCGUGACAGUAACUACGAAUCUUUUAUCGACCACGCCGAAAGGUUUACCAACUCCGAAAUCAAAAAAUCAAAGAAUAUUAUCCACGUUUCUACCGGCUUUACCACCGAAAUUUUGUAAAAGUAGUCCUCUGAUACAAAAUUCUAAUUUUUCCCGAAGUCAAAAUUUCGAAUGUAAAAAAGUUUACGAAUCGACGAGUGAACCCGAACAAAUCACAAAUAAAAAAUUUAUCGAAAAAGAACCGGGGAGUAGUCAAUCAGGAGCAGCACCUGGAGGAGGAACAGGAGCAUCAUCGAAUAAAACUCAAUCUUUGUCCGCAUCGACUUCUCUCGAUAAAAACAUAUACAAAGACGAUGACGAUUCGAUAAAGAGUUGGACGGAAAGCACGUCAAACAAAUCGAAUUUGCUAGAAGAAUUUUCUCCGUCACAAUCGCCACCUCCUCUAUUAGAAUCGAAUCUUAAAUCCCCUCCGUUACCGGAUUUACCACCCGUAAAAAAAACACCACCGGAAUCGUCACCGCCCUCUUUGAAAUCAUCUCCUUUACCGAUAAGAAAAUCACCACCGUUCGAUCAAAUAUCCGAAAUAAAAAACGAAGAUACGAAAACCAAAGAUGAUUUGCAAUUAAUAUCAAAGAAUAAAUCAACGAAACAAUUUCAAGAUGAAAUUAUUGAAAUUGAAAAUGAUCCGCCCGAAACUCUAUAUUUAGAUGAUUCUAGUGAAAAAACUAAUACGAUAAAGAGAGCGCCAUCGAGCGAACAAAAAAGUAGUUCAGAUGGUGGUAGUGGAAAAGAACGUUCGAACGUGAGCAGCAACGUUAAAUUGAGACCGAAAUCUCCGAUAAGAGUGUCUUUUGUGAAAAAAGAUGAAGCAGAAACGAAAAUUUACGAGAAAAUAUCGAAAACGAAAAGAGCAACGAAAGAAUUGAAAAACAUCAUACAUCAGAUAGAAUAUUCGGAAAGCGAUUACUGUUCGGAUGAUAAUUGUAGAACGUGUGACGUACGAAAAACAUCGAGUUUGUCGAGGAGAAGGAGUGCGAGUCCCAAAACGGCUUUUUCUAAAUUUGUCGAUCCGAUCGAAGGAUACACGUCUUGCUGCGAAGAAGGUACUAAAACUCUGUCGAAGAAAACAAGGAGCUUGACGAGGAAAUUGGGUGAUAAAAAAUGUGGCAUCACGUACAGCAGAGUGUUGUGUAACUGUCCCUUAGACAAUUUAGUUAUAGAUAAUAGGAUUCCCUUAUCACGUCCCAAUUCUUCCAUCGGCGAUUACUGCACACAAUCGAACAGAUCGAAAAGUGUGGUGAGAGCGAAAAAAAAUUCAGGUUCCGGUAUAAAGACUCCGUUUUUAAGCGGGAGUUCGAAAUUGGAUUUCGACAGACCCGGUUUGGGAUUGAUUGUCACGAUAUCGAGCGAUGGAAUAGACAAAGAACCCAAAAGAACGGUUCAAUUCAUUAGCGGCGGUCCGGCGAUCAAUUUCGGAUUGGGAGGAACCUUGGGUAGAUACACGAAAAGUAAGAGUCACGAUAAAAGUUUGAAAAUAUCCGGUGGUAGCUUUCACACGGACUUACCCGAUAAAUUAGAAACUUUUGCGGAAUGGUCGAAAUUUUCAUUCAAGAGCAAAACGGAUAAAGAUGACUCGUCUCGAAUAAAAGAGGAAACGACUCAGGAAAUACUAAAUGCUCAAAAACAAAGUGAUAAUAUAUUAAGGUCUAUACCGAUUUUAGAAAGGCAAAAAUCAGCCGGAGAACUUCGUAGACCCCCGAGAUCGAGCCGCGCGGCCGAAGAAUACCGACAAAAAUAUCUAGAGAGUUUAAGUCAAAAAAAAUCACCGGGAGAAGUUUUAGAACAUUUCGGUAAACUCGCGACUUCCGUCACGACAUCGGAUAUAUCGAAAAUAUCGAACGAUAAAAAGGGAGAAGAAAACAAAGGUGACACCGUACGGGGACACAUAAAAACCUUUGAGAAAAUAUUCAAAAGCGGAAUUGGACAAAAUCACGGUUUCGAAAAUUAUCGAACGGUUCCGCCCACGAGUUUCAACAAUCCGGAUCCGUAUUUGGGAAGCGCUUUUGUUCAAUACGUGAGAGAAACGCUACCAUAUCAACCCAACAGUUUUCCAGGAUGCAGCAAUAGGAGUGCAUUUAAUAAAUACGUUAGACCCGGUUCGGGUAGAUUCGACAAAACUCUGAUAUUCCCGCAACAGCCACAGAAAAGUGAUAAACCCUCUGCGUUCGAAAGGUUGUGCGGUGAUAAAAUAUAUUCGUCCCGAAGGGGAGUGUAUGGGAAAAUACCGCAACAAAAUCAAAGCGUUUCCGGUAGUUUGGAUUGUGUUUGGGACAAACCGAAAUCCAACGAACCACCCAAUAAGAUAAAUGAAUCCGAAAACGAAAGUUCGGAAAAGGAAAUCAGGCCGGCUUCUUGCACUUACGAAAUCAACAAAAACAGGUCGAUUGACGGACCCUCCUCAUUGAUCGGACCUUAUUCGAACUAUUCGGUAGCAGUUUCCGCUUGUAGCAAAGAGAGAACCGUUUCCGGUGUUCCGAGAACGUCUAAAAAGGGUAUCAUCGAACCGGAAUCAUCAUCGACGGCUCAAAAUCAACAACAACCACCUCAAGCUCGAAUAGUAAAUCACCAAAAAAUAUCACCAACGGUUAAAACGAAUCCCCCUCAAUAUUUCAACGCUCGUAGUUUAGAAAAUUACAAAUUAGCACCGGGUUUCAAAACGGAUUUAAGCACUCUUUAUUCCGGUGUGUUUUACACAAAUCCAAAACAAGAAAGUGCAUCGUCCAAAGUAAAUAACAGUUCGCGUAUACUACAAGAAUAUGGUAUCAGGUAUUUCGGUAGUUUAAAUAGAAAAGAACCAGAUAAUACCGUCGGCGAGUGUAGCGGUAGCGGCGGCGUCGGUGGCGGUGGCAGUAACAUCGAAUCGAUGGGAAGUAACGCUUCGACCGUUCGAAAUGCUGCUCCAUGCUCGAACGUGGGCACGAGUAGGAAAAUGUUAUCCGGUGGCAUGAGCAGCAUGGUGCCCGUAUCAGCCAGGAUACCCGAAGAAUCGAUCAUAGGAACGACGGUCGUUUAUCCUCCUCAAUACCAUCCGUCAAACGAAGAACUCAUGCAAGAAACUCAACAGGUGAUUGAUUGA